AUGGGGUACCACGGAAUCAUGUUCAAGUACGACGAGAAGGAACAUGCUGACUUGCGUGCGAUGGCGAAAGCAGCCGUCGACCGUUCCGAUGGACAGCUUCGGGAGUUUGCCGGGAGGUCGUUUGUCACCGACGAGCUCAUGCAGUAUAUGGUGGAAAGGUCACCCUCGCUGACUACCCUUCGGCUUGUAUACUGCUGGAAGAUACACAAUUGGAAGGUCUUCAAUGCACAACUUGACGGUGUUAUAACAAAGUCACCUCUGAGCAAGCUCCGGUCCCUUGAACUUGACAACAUUGACCUCCUCGUGGAAGAACUAAUCGCCAUCCUUGAGAAUCGUCCGGUCCUAGAGGUUCUUACGGUGCGUGAUUGCUUAGGGAUGGACGAGGAAGACGAGCCGGUCCUGCGAGCUAAGUGUGCCCGUAUCAAGACCCUGACAUAUGACUGUGUUGGUGAGUGCAUUGGUGAAGACUGGUACGACUAUGGGUCUUGGAGCUAUGCAUGA